UGUCCACAGGGAUCCUCACACAGCUCAGGGGAACACACACAACAAUUCCUCUCAUUCAGCAUUCACAGCGUGCACACAGAGAGCUGCGCUUGUUCCUCCCCAGGUUUUGUUGGUUUUAUUUUUUAUCCUUUCUUUAACCCUUUUAAUGAAUCAGUCCCUGGGUGAAAAUAAUGCAUUUGUUUAAAGCUGAUCUUUAAUGUUGAGCAYACUGCUCUUCCUUUGUCUCUUACUAUUUUGUUCAUAUUUUGCUAAGAGUCCGCUAUUSUACACAAGCAUUUUAAUAAACUGUUUGUUGUUGUAUCCAGGUAACAAGCAUGGAUCAGACAGCAAAGGACAAAGCACUCCAGCACAUGGCAGCAAUGUCAUCAGCUCAGAUUGUCUCAGCCACUGCCAUCCACAACAAGCUGGGCCUGCCAGGAAUCCCCCGUCCCACCUUUCCUGGGGCACCUGGGUUUUGGCCGGGCAUGAUUCAAACGGGGCAGCCUGGAUCAUCACAAGACGUAAAGCCAUUCAUCCAGCAGGCCUAUCCCAUWCAGCCAUCAGUCACAGCUCCCAUUUCAGGUUUUGAGCCCACCUCAGCCCCAGCUCCCUCGGUGCCCGCGUGGCAGGGCCGCUCCAUUGGCACCACCAAGCUCAGGCUGGUGGAGUUCUCAGCUUUCCUCGAGCAGCAGAGGGAUCCUGAAUCWUACAACAAACACCUCUUCGUGCACAUUGGACAYGCCAACCACUCUUACAGCGACCCUCUGCUCGAGUCCGUGGACAUCCGUCAGAUUUAUGACAAAUUCCCGGAGAAGAAGGGCGGCCUGAAGGAGCUCUUUGGGAAGGGGCCUCAGAACGCUUUCUUCCUGGUGAAAUUCUGGGCCGACCUAAACUGCAACAUCCAGGAUGACACAGGGGCGUUUUACGGAGUCACCAGUCAGUACGAGAGCUCMGAAAACAUGACAAUCACCUGCUCCACCAAAGUCUGCUCCUUUGGAAAGCAAGUCGUAGAAAAAGUAGAGACUGAGUAUGCGAGGUUUGAGAAYGGCCGGUUCGUGUACAGGAUAAACCGCUCUCCCAUGUGUGAAUACAUGAUCAACUUCAUCCACAAGCUGAAGCAUUUACCAGAGAAAUACAUGAUGAACAGCGUCUUGGAAAACUUCACAAUUCUAUUGGUGGUCACAAACAGGGACACACAGGAGACCCUGCUCUGCAUGGCGUGUGUGUUCGAGGUGUCCAACAGCGAACACGGAGCACAGCAUCACAUCUACAGGCUCGUGAAGGACUGAGCAGUURUUUAUAGAUACACUUCAUUUCACUUCUUUAUCAAAACUGACUGUAAACCUCAACACUAAGUGGCAGUGCCUCUGGCCCAACUUUCACCCRCAUUUUUCUAAAUCCUGUUUUAGUGAAGUCAUUUUUAAUGUGUUCAUAUAUAAUUGUAGCUGUGAAAUUCUGGUACAGUUGUAAAAAUUAUUUCUAAAACUAAGUGUUCUUCAAAUUUGUAAACCACAGUUCUUUGGGAAGACUGUAUUUAAGAACCUAAYGCCUCUGUCUGUGGAGGCCUAUUUUUAAUUCUGAUAGAAAAAUGUAUGACAGAGCAUUUGCCAUGGGAAAAACUGACAGCAUUUAUAAGAAUUUAUUUUGGGUUUUUUUCCAACGUGAGAUACUUGUUUUACAAUGCAAGUGGAAUUGAAAUGAAUCUUUAGCUAUAACUGUAAAUGAGUACACAAAGUUAAUAAUCUUUAUAGAAUUAUCUUUGUAACUAAUUAGGGUGGAAGAUAUGGACGAAUGUAAUUCACUAAAUUAUUUUUUAAAAUGAAACAUUUUUUCUGUUUGAAACCAAAUGAAAAAUAUAGCCUUAAGAAAUGCCUGAUAGAAACAGACAGGUCCUAAAAUUAGGCAAAUUUUGUAUUUUUUUCUCAACGCUAAAACUAAUCUUCUAAUCCAUUAAACUUUCAAACAGGUAUUGCAGAGAAAGAMAACAUCAUCCCUUACCCCUAACAUAUCUAGUGUAUUUUAAAAGAGUAUAAAGUUGUAUUGUACUAAUAUGAAAAUUUGAUUAUUUAAUGAAAAAGAUGGCUCAUUUUGCAAUAAGUAGGUAAAUACUGAAGAUUUAGACUUGCAUUAUAUGUAGUCUUGUGUGUGCAGUUAUAUUUUAUAYGGACAACUAUGUUUUCUAAUAAGUUGAGCAAAAAACUUGCAACUCUGAAAUGAAGAGAUGAACGGGAACACCUGACAUUGCCACAGCAUCAAGGCAUUCAAACAAACAGAAACACUGAUGUGUUKAAAGAAGAGUGUGCACACCUCUGAAAGGAUCAGCAGCUUUAAUAUCUGGGAGAUGCUGGAAAAUCACAGCCAACAUCAGGCAAAAAGAUUGGAAAGUGGAGAAAUUGGUUUACUGUUCAGCAUUCCCUCCUCCCUUCCCUUCACACUGUGCUCCCAUCUGCAAUUGAAAUGGAGAAUUUACCCCCAGGCACAGUGCUGUAAUCUUCAAACAAGCAAGCCUAACUUUUUUCUUUAAAUUCUAUUCCUGCAUCGUCCUUUCUGUUGGAAUUGCCCASUGUAGAGAUUUCUGGACUAGAACAGAGCCUGGAUGAGGCAGUGGGUCAGACCAUGAUAAUGGGGAGGUCUGAGUUUGAGGAGGAUGCAAACAUCACCAGGGGAAGGCAGAUUGAACCCUCAGCCUCCGUCAGGGGAUGCUCUGGAUGUUGCUGUGAUGUCUGGCACUCACCUGCUUGGGGAUAUUAGGGCUGAUGAUCUUUUCUGCAAACUGAACAGAGAAAUGUGUCCAUGGUAGGGUCUCUUURAACGCUCAUUUUUAACACUAACAAUCACAUCAGGAAAAGCACUGCAUUGGAACAGCCUAAUGGUAGCCCUUUAUUCUAAGCACUUGGUGUUACAAGUCAAAAACUACUUUUUGUUUUUUGUUCUAAAGUUGUCUUUUAUUUAGGUUUUGAAUUGUGGGUUUGGUGAUUUUUUUAAAUUUAUUUUUUUGUUUAAUAACAAACAAACUCUCUAAGGCAUAUAAAGUAUGUAAAUCAAUUUGCAAAACCAGGUACAGUUUGUUUUUUUUUUUAAUAGGAUCUGGCACACUACAUAUGCCAUCAGUAUAGGGUAUAAACAGUCACAAUGUUUAUUUGUGUUCACAUGUGUAAUAUUAGGGAAACUACUCCCAYUGUCUUUUCUUUACAUUCUGUAAAUGAUCCGUGCCCUGUAUAUGUUAAUUGUGAAAAGCCUUAAUCCUUCAACUGUUGAGUGUGGGGUGUGUAGUCCAACAGGCUGCCUGUAAACUGUGAGCUCUUUUGUAAGCUGGAAGUAUUUAUCUUGUUACUGUUAUUUUUUGUAGGAACCUUUCAAUUGAGAGCUGCCAAAGCAUUACAAUAUGCAGUGCCUUAGUAUUAUAUUAGAAGUACCCUUAGCCUCUUAACAUAAAUUUUAUAUAUUGUUUUAUUAAUUGGUUCCAUUUUUUAAAAUCUCUGUAUUUUUCCCCCCCAGAAAUGCUCUUUGACUGCUUGGUGUGAGCCAGCUGUCUGUCCAAGUCAGUCCCAUUGCAGUGAAAUGCCUAUACCAAAAGGAAAAGUUACAGAUUCCUGGUUCUCUGUGAAAAGUGAAUCGUGUUMAUGAAUGCUGCCUUUUGAAAUUUCAUGACCAAAUAAUUAAUUGUGACUCUUCUGCACUCUAGCAUGAAAGUGCCUUUGGUUUGAAAUUCCAGCUUAGAAAAGUGCUGCCAUAAUAAUGACAAUUUGUAGAGAGACCAAAAAUAUGUAGUUAUCACCGUAAUGCCUUUGGUUUAUUGGAAUAAGUUGAAUCUACAGGCCUCCAUUCACAAAAGAGCACCAUUCAUAGUAAAGGGAUUUUGCUAAAGAAUAAUCUACUGUUUGCCAUUUCUGACAGCAUUGCAAACCAGCAACUGAUUUGUCUGUGAUGUAAAAAUGAAAAUAUUCCCAUUUGUAUUCUGCUCAUCGAGUCGCCCAUCUGCAUAACGAGAGAUCUGUGYAGUGCAGAAUCUCAGCGGACAAACACAGCUUCAGUGAUCUCUUGUAACCAUAUUUUGGUAUCUGUGAAGUUCCUUUGUUUAGACAGAAGAUUUUGUUUACAAAUUGUGCGUGCUGAAGGUCAGAUCCAUCAAAGAUGGACAUGGAGAACUGAGCAGAGCGAGGGAAAUGCAAUUGUGGGUUCAAGCAGUGAAAUGUUGAGUGUGAGCAUUGUGGAUGAAGGUACUGCUGGAGAAACUCUGGCCAGCACGACUCAAAACAUAGGGUUGUUUUGUUUUCCUUCUUAAAAAAAAAAGAAAAAAUAGCUCCUCUUCACAAUAUAUCUGUAUUUGAUACCUUUGGGGCCAAACUCUCCACUGCAACUGAAAUCCAUGGGAAGAGGAGCAACCUUUUAACAAUUCUAGAAAGAACAAAUAUCAGCAAAACCAAAAGCUGUCAGAGGGAUUAUAUAGCUGUGAAUACAAUUUUAACUUGAUUUUUAAAGUAUUUGAUGAAAAACUUAAGAUUAACUUUUUAUAUAGAGAAAUAUUGUGAAACUGUGUGGUAAAUAUUGUGAUAAUUCAAAUUCCCUUUCUCUAAAAUAUUAUUUUUGUUAUUCCUUCAAGGUCUAAAUCUCACUUACCUCUACAGGACRAGUAAUCCUGUUGAAUUCAAUGAGAUUGAGGUAGGGCAAAGACACUUUUUCAGUUAUUGCCAAACAUUUCAGCCAUGCCAGUCAAUAUUUGUGAUAAACUACACCUCUGUCUCAUCCAAACAACCAUAAAGGUACCAUUGGGGGGUGUUGAAAAUCGCUACUAACAGAUGUAGUUUWACUUACUUGAACUCCAGAUGGAUUUUCCUUAGGUACUGCACCACUAUUUGAAGGAAUUGCAGAUGUCAUGGCUGUUUUCAGUUUGCCAAUUUGGCAGUUCUGUCCCGCUGGCUCUGGGAACAAUGAAGGUGAACAUGGAUGAAUGUGGGACUGGCCAGCCCAGGCACACACACAUUGGACUGAUGUGCUCAUCCCCAGAUAUUUAUUUCCCCUCUGCUGUUUUCCUGGAGUUUUCAGUCACUCUGAGAGCUCUGCUGUCCUUCCCUUCCCUUUUCCCUGAGGAUUCAGUGAUGGAAUCGAGCCCGACUUUGUCCUUUGCUCAGGAUGAUCCCCUUCCCCCUCUGAUCUUUCACAACAAGAUAUUUAUCCCCCCCCCCAAAAAAAAGAUUGAGGCUGGAUAAKUCAAAGUACAAGAAACACUCUGGACAUCUUCAUUUUUAACUUUUCAGGUCAUUCUUGCUGAGAUGGUGUAAUUAGUUUUAGUGUAUAAAUUAAACCUUAAAUGCACUCGGUUGACUAAAAGGAGAUGGAUCCCUGUUACCUCCUUACAGAAUAUGUGUUUUUGUUUUUGUUUUGUUUUGUUUUAUGGGCCUCUGAUUCAGGCUCAUGACUGCAGACAAAAAAUACAAUAUGUGCCUGAAAAAUAAAAAAAAAAAAAGACAAAAGAAUUUUGUAACACUGAAAAC